UGGGACGCGGCGCCGUGGGGCAAGGAGUUCGGAGACUGCCUCCACCAGCCCGAGAAGCGAUACGGGUACGGGGACACCGCCACCGCUACUUUUGGCGCGUCUCUCGAGCCCGGGCCGGAGCCGCCGGACUACAGCAGCCAGCUGAUCACGCUGGUGACGCCGGUGCUGUGGGACGCGGCGCCGUGGGGCAAGGAGUUCGGAGACUGCCUCCACCAGCCCGAGAAGCAAUACGGGUACGGGGACACCGCCACCGCUACUUUUGGCGCGUCUCUCGAGCCCGGGCCCGAGCCGCCGGACUACAGCAGCCAGCUGAUCACGCUGGUGACGCCGGUGCUGUGGGACGCGGCGCCGUGGGGCAAGGAGUUCGGAGACUGCCUCCACCAGCCCGAGAAAAUCCUGGGCGAGUCCAUUCUCGCGGAGCAGAAUUCUUACCCAGAGGGAAGUAUUCUCGACCAGGGGGAGGAUUCUAGUUUGGGGAAGACCGAUUUUCGCACAGAUACUCGUCCAGGAGGAAGAGACUUCACGUCUGGGGAGGAGGAUAUUCGCCCAGGCGGAGAGGGAUUCUCUCCCAUUAGAGGUGAUCCCCGGUCCUUCCAGGGCGCGUCUCUGGAGCCCGGGCCCGAGCCGCCGGACUACAGCAGCCAGCUGAUCACGCUGGUGACGCCGGUGCUGUGGGACGCGGCGCCGUGGGGCAAGGAGUUCGGAGACUGCCUCCACCAGCCCGAGAAGCGAUACGGGUACGGGGACACCGCAACGGCUACUUUUGUAGCGGGCAAUCCCCGUAACUCGCUUCGUCACGGGCGCGGCUACGGGACGGUGGAGCGGCUGGUGUCGGAGCAAGACGACGCGUGGGUGGUCGUUGCUACUGACGCGGACUGGGAGACCAAGUACAUCUGGCGCCGCAACUCCGUGGUCCUGGGCACGAGCCACGCCCAGCUACAGUGGGACAUCCCCGCGGGAACGCAGCCUGGCACGUACCGCCUGCACCACUACGGCAACUACAAGUACAUCCUCGGCGGCAUCUACCCCUACCACGGCUUCUCAGACCCCUUCGAGGUCAGCUAACUGACCUCUAUCGGUUUGUAACAUAAGAUUUUCAACUUUCGCGUUCCAUUUCAAAUUAAAUAGAAAGACACGGGUCUUAAGUCAAGCCGUGAGUACAUAGGCGGUUAUCACCCUGCGCCGCGGUCCGCGUGAUUUCAUAUAAAAAGUCCUGCGCGCAGACGCAUUGCCAGUCUGUUGUGCCGCGCGCGCGUGUUUUCUAUACAAACUGAGGUACUUGCAUACAAUGAUUAAAUCUGUCGCCCCGCGUACCACGGCUUCUCCGACCCCUUCGAGGUCAGCUAACUGACCUCUAUCGGUUUGUAACAUAAGGCUAAGUUGCACCACCUUAUUUUGACCGUAACAAUAACAGUGACCCGUGCUUUUUGUAUUGCUGCUUUUACACUAUGCGGAAAUUAGCCGAGUCAAGUCA